UACGAAAAAAAAAUAUGAACGGAAAAGAUUGUCGUAGAUGCCUUAGCCUUCUAUCUCAAAUUGAACAAAAGGAUGCUAUAAUUGAAAAAUAUCGAAAAAUUACGAAAUAUCAAUCCGAUCUUAUUCAAGAUUUAUCUAGUGGUGGAAACUUUGAUUUAACACCACCUAUUUUAUCUUAUGAUAAUGAGUUUUUAACAGUAGCAGCUCGAUCAACCGGUAAAUAUGUCGUCAGUCGUUCAUAUUAUCGAACUUAUAUUGGUCCAUUAACCGAUGAUAUUGACAAAGAAACUUUAAAACAGAAUCUCGAAGCAACCUUCGGUCCCGUGGAUAGCCUUGAUUUCAUUCCCGGCAAGUCUUGUGCUUUCGCAAAUUUUUCAUCCCCAACUGCAUUUAACAAUGCUAUUAAAGAAGGAGUUAUUAUUGUUAAGGAUCAUAUGUUAAGUGUUGAACAAGCUAAGAGACCACCCAGAUCUCGAACUAGUAGAAAGAAAGAAAUA